AUUUUUCUCAUUCCCUCUUUUCCCCCUUCGGUUUGCGCCUUUUCUCCCUCUCUAUCGCCUUCUCCUCCCUGCCCCACUCUCCCCCCUCCAUCUCUCUCUCACCCUUUUUCCUCAAUUGCCAGCUUUUCCUUUGUCUUUGGGCUGCCUCCCCCGCUCAAAAGAAGAGUAGGGAAAUCCAAACAAACCAAAAAAAGGAGGAAAAAGAAAAAACCAGGAAAAGAGAUUCAUAAUUGUCCCAUCUUCGUCCCUAAUUCCGUUGCUGCUGCUGCUUGCUCGCUUAGAUUGGAUCUGGGUAGUCCCUUCCAUUUCCUUUCCAACGACAUAUACCCAGGUGUUCUGUGCCCGGCAAUGAUUUCUCAUUUUGGGUUUACCCGCAAAUUCGCGCGAAAUGUGAUCUCCGUUCCCGGGGUAAAUGUUGGGAAAUGUGUUUUGCACUUCGUCAGCACCUAGUGAUAGCAGGGAUUUCGGGCUGCCUCGAAUCGAAUUUGGUGUGAUGGUUAUACUCACAGGGGAAGUUCCAACCAGUAUAUGCAAGAUAUGUCGAAUGCUUGAAUUAUUAAAUAAUGGAUUAGAUGCAUUCUGGUGAAACUUUUGCCAUUUUUACAAUCGAAAGUGCUAAAUAGUUUGUCAAUGUCAUGGAAUGACCAAUUGCACUGCUUGUCAUUGCAGGACACCUCUAGCCCUGUAACAAUAAAAAUUGAAGUGGAGGAGGUCUAAGUGCGGAAACAGUAUGUCUGUUUCGAUGAGAGACUUGGAUCCAGCUUUUCAAGGAGCUGGACAAAAAGCUGGUCUUGAGAUAUGGCGGAUCGAAAACUUUAAUCCAGUUGCUAUUCCGAAGGCUUCUUAUGGAAAAUUCUUGAUGGGGGACUCCUAUAUUAUUUUGAAGACUACUGCUUUAAAAAGUGGUGCCCUGCGCCAAGAUAUACACUAUUGGCUUGGUAGAGAUACCUCACAGGACGAAGCAGGUGCUGCUGCCAUCAAAACAGUAGAGCUUGAUGCAGCUCUCGGAGGCCGUGCAGUACAGUAUCGCGAAGUCCAGGGCCAUGAAACUGAGAAGUUCUUAUCUUAUUUUAAGCCAUGCAUCAUACCCCAAGAAGGUGGAACAGCAUCUGGAUUCAAACAUGUUGAGGCCGAAGAGCACCAGACAAGGUUGUUCGUUUGCAAAGGAAAACAUGUCGUCCAUGUGAAGGAGGCAAGUGUCUUAAGAGUUCCUUUUGCUCGUUCUUCCCUAAACCAUGAUGAUAUUUUCAUUCUUGAUACCACAUCUAAAAUUUUUCAAUUUAAUGGUUCCAAUUCAUCCAUACAAGAGAGAGCCAAAGCCUUAGAAGUGGUCCAAUAUAUCAAAGACACAUAUCAUGAUGGGAAAUGUGAGGUAGCUUCCAUUGAGGAUGGAAGAUUGAUGGCUGAUGCUGAAACGGGGGAGUUCUGGGGUUUCUUUGGUGGCUUUGCUCCACUUCCACGUAAAACAGCCAGUGAUGAGGAUAAAUUGUCUGCUUCUGAUGAGACCAGACUAUUUUGCAUUGAAAAAGGUCAAGCUGAGCAAGUUGAAGCAGAUACUUUUACCAGAGAGUUGCUAGACACAAACAAAUGUUUUGUUCUUGAUUGUGGAGUGGAAGUUUUUGUAUGGAUGGGAAGAAACACCAAUCUCGAUGAAAGGAAGAAUGCAAGCAAAUCAGCUGAAGAGAUAGUUCACAAUGCUGAUCGACCGAAAUCCCACAUAAUCCGAGUGAUGGAGGGUUUUGAGACUGUGAUGUUUCGGUCAAAGUUUACAUCCUGGCCCAAGACAACUGAUGUAGCUGUAGCUGAGGAUGGCAGAGGGAAAGUUGCAGCACUCCUAAAACGCCAGGGGCUAAAUGUCAAGGGCCUUGUGAAAUCUGCUCCUUCAAAAGAAGAAGAAACAGAACCACAUAUUGAUGUUACAGGAAAUUUGCAGGUUUGGAGAGUGAAUGGAGAAGACAAGGUUCUCCUUCCAGCUUCAGAUCAGUUUAAGUUCUAUAGUGGGGAUUGCUAUGUUUUCCAAUAUGCAUAUCCGGGAGAAGACAGAGAGGAGUAUCUAAUUGGAACAUGGUUUGGGAAGCAGAGCGUUGAGGAGGAAAGAGCUUCUUCUGUUUCACAGGCAGGCAAAAUGGUUGAGUCACUGAAGUUUCUGACGGCCCAGGCCCGCAUCUGUGAAGGAGCGGAAACUAUUCAGUUCCUUUCAAUUUUUCAGUGCUUCAUCGUCUUUAAGGGUGGUCUUAGUGCUGGAUACAAGAAGCAUAUUGAGGAUAAUGAACUCGCAGAUGACACAUACAGUGAGGAUGGUACUGCAUUAUUCCGGAUUCAAGGAACUGGCCCAGAAAAUAUGCAAGCAAUACAAGUUGAACCAGUAGCAUCAUCGUUGAACUCCUCCUACUGCUAUAUAUUGCACAAUGGCCCAACAGUCUUUACAUGGUCUGGGAACCUUACUUCGGCAGAGGACCAGGAAGUUGUGGAGAGACAGCUAGAUCUGAUAAAGCCAAAUUUACAAUCGAAGCCGCAAAAGGAAGGGUCGGAAUCUGAGCAAUUUUGGGAUCUUUUGGGUGGAAAAACUGAACAUUCUAGUCAAAAAAUUGCAAAGGAAGCUGAGACUGAUCCUCAUUUAUUCUCUUGCACGUUCUCAAAAGAAGGAACACUGAAGGCAACUGAGAUAUAUAACUUCAGCCAGGAUGAUCUAAUGACAGAAGAUAUAUUCAUCCUUGAUUGUCACUCUGAAAUAUAUGUAUGGGUGGGGCAACAGGUUGACUCCAAGAGCAAAACAAAAGCUUUGUCUAUAGGCGAGAUAUUUAUCGAGAAUGACUUCCUGUUGGAAAAGUUAUCACAUGAAACUCCAAUUUACGUGGUCAUCGAAGGGAGUGAACCAACUUUCUUCACUCGCUUUUUCACGUGGGAUUCAGCAAAACCUGCAAUGGUUGGAAACUCGUUCCAAAGGAGACUCACUAUUCUGAAAGGUGGAACUCCAAUUAUAGAUAAACCAAAAAGGAGACCAGCAGCCUCGUAUGGCGGGAGGUCAGGCGGCACAGAGAAAUCACAACGUUCUAGAAGUGUGUCAUUCAGUCCCGAAAGAGCUCGUGCAAGGGGAAGAUCUCCAGCUUUCAAUGCGCUGGCUGCCACAUUCGAGAAUGCUAAUGCUCGCAACCUGUCCACUCCACCACCAAUGGGUCGUAAAAUUUAUCCCAAGUCUGGUAGCGCAAGUCCAGAUUCUUCGAAGCUGGCUUCCAAGUCUGCCGCCAUAGCAGCACUCACUGCAACUUUUGAACAACCAUUACCUGCUCGACAAAUGAUCAUGGCGAGAACAGUCAAGGCAGCAAGCCCUCAAGGUCCGAAAUCAACACCCGAGUCGGAGUCCGAAGGAGGGGACUAUAUGAGCAGCAGGAUUGGAUCUUUGACAAUAAAGGAAGACGUGAAGGAGAACGAACCUGAAGAUGAGGAAGGGCUGCCGAUUUAUCCAUACGAGCGCCUUACAGUGAAUGCGGAAGAUCGUGUUGCCGACAUUGAUGUGACAAAGCGUGAGACUUACCUAUCAUCUUCGGAGUUCAAGGAGAAAUUCGGGAUGGGUAAGGACGCAUUCUACAAGUUGCCGAAAUGGAAACAGAACAAGCUCAAGAUGGCACUUCAGUUGUUCUGAGCUUGCAUGCUUCAUUGCAUCUGGUUAUUUUCGGCUUUGCGUCUCCAUACUCGAGGUUGCAGUCAGGAAAUUUGGUUGAGCACACAAGCUAAAAGGGACAGCAAUCAGUGCAUUUUUAGCUGCUUCUGACCCCCCACCCAGGAAGCUCUCUCUCUCUCUGAUUUGUCGACUGAUGCAAGGAAGUUAACGUGCAUUUUUCCCAUAUAUAUAUUUUUCUGGUGGUGGGUUGAUUUGCUUCUGUAGCUCUCUCUUGAUUUAUUCGUUUGAGUAAUAUAUUUAUUUUUAGGCAGGUGGUUUGGUUUCCUCUUUUUUUUUUUUUUUAAAUUAUUAUUCUUUUUGGUUGUAAUGAGGUCACAACAGAACAAAAGUUUGCUUGUGAGCUUUCUUUCGAUUGAUUGCGGGGUUGGGGUGUCUUUCUUUCCUAUGAUUCAUUUGAUUGAAGAAGAAGACGGAAUUGAUGUUAGCUCGAGUGAGGUAGCUAUAAAAUUAGAGCCUUUUGUUUCACUUUUCUACUCAAGUGUCAAGUGUAUCAUUCCAUGCCUCAGUAUAUGGGAGAUGGAAGUGUGUGUGUAUGUGUGUGUGUGUGUGUUUUUUUUUUUUUUUUUUUGUAUAGAAGAAGAAGAAAACACUUUCGUGACCAUAUCUCUAGUUUUAUUUUGGUGUGUCUGUUCAAUAAACAGAUUGAAGAAAAGAACCGGAAGGCAGGGAGUGCCUUUCUUUCUUUCUUUCUUUCUUUCUUUCUUUCUUUCUUUGUGUUAGAGGGUUCCUACUUGAUUGUUUGAUGUUAAUAAAGCAAGCAUUUGCUUACAGCAAGACCAAA